AUGCCUCCUUCGGGAUUUGGCCAAACCACAGGAUUCGGUUCUCCAAACGCUAGUACCGGGUUUGGUGGAUUUGGCACAGGAACCACUGGAACAUUCAGUUCUAGCGGUUUUGGAACUCAAGGCCCACGUACAGGAUUUGGAACUUUUCAAAGCAAUGCGACUAGCGGGUUCACUACAACGGGGUUCGGUGGAUCAACUACCGGUGUCUUUGGAAGUACUACGGCGUUCAACACUGCCCCUUUUACGUCAAAUAACUUUGGACAAAACCGAACAACGACUUUCACCUCUACAGGUUUUGGUCAGAAACAGAACGCGUCACCUGGUGGUUUGGUGAGUACGCCGAAAGCUGGCAACACAUCGUACGCAACUUCUGGAUUUGGAACAACACCAUUCGGUCAGUCAUCGCAACCAUUUAAUACAGGGGCUUUUACUUCCAAUGGUUUUGGAAAAGGUCAAACCAGGUCAACAUUUGGUAGUACUGGAUUCGGACAGAGUCCCUCCCAAACUACCUUCUCUACCAGUGGGUUUGGUCAAACUCAAGGUACCUCUGGGUUCGGUAAUACCGGAUUUGGACAAACACAAGGUGCUACAAGUUUUGGUAGCACGGGUUUUGGUCAAUCGCAUCCACAGUCUACGGGUUUUGGUCAAUCGCAUCCACAGUCUACGGGUUUUGGUCAAUCGCAUCCACAGUCUACGGGAUUUGGGCAAUCGCAUCCACAGCCUACGGGAUUUGGGACAUCCGGCUUUAGCACUGGUGGGUUCGGGCAACCAAUGUCACAAACAACUGGAUUUGGAUCUGGAGCAUUCGGUCAGGGAUCGAUGCCAUUUAACACUGGUGGAUUUACAUCGAACGGGUUUGGUCAGAGCAACAACGCGUUUACUACCUUUGGUCAAAAUUCUGGCGGUUUCGGACGGCCGGCAGCCGGUUCAAACGCCAGUGGCGGAACAAUGCAGGUAUCUGGCUUUGGUAGUGGUAGCAUGGGAUUUGGUACGAUGGGUCAACCAGGUGUAGCAAAUCGCGGAUUUGUGCCUGUCAAAGCGACACUUUUCGGCGGUCGUAAUAAUGUUAACGGAGGUGAAUUGGCUAGACCAAAUUCAGAGCCGCUUACGGCGCGUUGGAACGCAAAUAAGGAACCCUGGAUGCAAAAGGCAUAUGCGGGUAAAACGUUUGAGGUAAGAAAAAUGAAAAGUCAAAUUUAG